AUGAGUCAUCGUCUCCACAGCAUCCUCCUCGGCACCACCAUCCGCAUCCAUCGCUCCAUUCCACCCCACCUAAUUUCCAGGGCUUGGUUUUGUAGCGGUAGAUUCAGAAACCAGACCCACAUGGAAAGCCAUGCUUCUUGUGAGGCGGUUGUGGGUGACUCUGAGCUCUUGGUUAAAAAAAUGGCUGCUAUUUGUAAUGCCGGUCCCGCCAAACUCCAGGUAAUAGCAGAUUUUGAUGGCACACUAACAAAGUACCGGGUCAAUGGUUGUCGGGGACAAAGCAGUCAUGGCCUUUUGCAACAGGAGAAUCCGGAAUAUGAUAAGAAAAGGCAGGAAUUAUAUGAACAUUAUCAUCCGUUAGAAUUCUCCCCGACAAUUCCAAUUGAAGAGAAAACUAAGCUUAUGGAAGAAUGGUGGACAAAAACUCAUGGUCUCUUAGUUGAGGGAGGUCUUACCUAUGAUGGAAUAAGGCAAUCUGUUGCUAACUCCACAAUUGCUUUUAGGGAGGGUGUUGUUGAACUAUUUGAGUUUUUGGAGGAAAGAGACAUUCCCAUUCUUAUAUUUUCUGCUGGACUUGCUGAUAUCAUAGAGGAGGUCCUUAGGCAGAAGAUUCACAGACUUUUCAAAAAUGUGAAGAUAGUCUCAAAUCGGAUGGUAUUCGAUAAUAACGGUCACCUUGUAUCUUUUCAAGGGAAGACGAUUCAUAGUCUGAAUAAAAAUGAGCAUGCUCUGGAUAUGGCUGCUCCCCUUCAUGAUCGAUUAGGUGAUAAUAUAGAUGCUCCUACUUAUGAGAAUGCCUCGGUCAAGACUAGAAGAAAUGUGCUGCUUCUGGGUGAUCACAUUGGUGACCUGGGAAUGUCUGAUGGCUUGAACUAUGAGAAUAGAAUUUCCGUGGGAUUUCUGAAUGACAAUGUUGAGAAUUCUCUUGAUAGCUACCGCCAAGCCUUUGACGUUGUUUACCUGAAUGAUGCACCCAUGUGGGGAGUUGUAAAGCUUGUUUCACAACUCUGUCCAAGUGAUGGUCAUUGA